ACGCCGCCCUGCCCGCGCCCUCCCGCGCGCUCCAAGGCUCCGGCCGUCGCCUCGCGGAGUCCACCAGGAGCCGGGCGGGGGCUGCGGGGCUGGGCGGGGGCUGCAGGCGGGCGGGCCGCGGACCCCGGCUAUGAAGUGGACCCCCGGGGCCCGGAGCCCGAGAGACCCCGGAGAGGGAGGUGCGCGCGGCCCAGGGCAGCAGCCGGGGGACGCCGGGGCCGGGGCGUAGCGGCCGCCGCCCGCGAUGGACCGCGCCGGGAACGAUCUGGACUCGCCGCCGCAGGUGUCCACCUCGCAGGGCUCCUGACCGUGCCCCGGACAGCCACCCCUCUCAGACUCUGGUUGAGCUGGACUCCGCAAACCUGCUUCCGCAAUGGGUGGGUUGUGAGUGCUGGUAACGAGGAGCUGUGGGUCCAGCCAGCCUUGGAGAUGCCGAAAAGACGGGACAUCCUUGCGAUCGUUCUCAUCGUACUGCCCUGGACGCUGCUCGUCACAGUGUGGCACCAGAGCACCAUCGCACCUCUGCUGGCCACGCAUAAGGAUGACGGCAGUGACCCCCGGCGCGAUGCACCGCCAGGCACCGACCCCAGGGAGUACUGCAUGUCUGACCGCGACAUCGUGGAGGUGGUGCGCACGGAGUACGUGUACACGCGGCCCCCGCCGUGGUCGGACACGCUGCCCACCAUCCACGUGGUGACGCCCACCUACAGCCGCCCCGUGCAGAAGGCUGAGCUGACGCGCAUGGCCAACACUCUGCUGCACGUGCCCAACCUGCACUGGUUGGUGGUGGAGGACGCGCCGCGCCGCACGCCGCUGACCGCGCGCCUCCUGCGCGACACCGGCCUCAACUACACGCACCUGCACGUGGAGACGCCCCGCAACUACAAGCUGCGCGGCGACGCCCGGGACCCGCGCAUCCCGCGCGGCACCAUGCAGCGUAACCUGGCCCUGCGCUGGCUGCGCGAAACCUUCCCCCGCAACUCCAGCCAGCCCGGCGUGGUGUACUUCGCGGACGACGACAACACCUACAGUCUGGAGCUCUUCGAGGAGAUGCGCAGCACCAGGAGGGUAUCCGUGUGGCCUGUUGCCUUCGUCGGCGGCCUGCGGUACGAGGCCCCACGGGUCAAUGGGGCAGGGAAGGUGGUUGGCUGGAAGACAGUGUUCGACCCACACCGACCGUUUGCAAUAGACAUGGCUGGGUUUGCAGUCAACCUGCGGCUCAUUCUGCAGCGAAGCCAGGCCUACUUCAAGCUGCGUGGCGUGAAGGGGGGCUACCAGGAAAGCAGUCUCCUCCGAGAGCUCGUCUCCCUCAGCGACCUGGAGCCCAAGGCAGCCAACUGCACCAAGAUCCUGGUCUGGCACACACGGACAGAGAAGCCGGUGCUGGUGAACGAGGGGAAAAAAGGCUUCACGGACCCCACUGUGGAGAUCUGAGCCCUGAUACAGGAGCCUCCUUCCCAGACCCUGUUCUUGGCCUUCCAUCCUAUCCCGACAGCUGAUGGUCCCUCCAAGGCAAACUCCUAAGGAAUCACCAUCACCCUCCUUUCUAUUCUGGGGGCUUCAGAGAGAGCCCAGCCUGAUGCCAGGACAAAGGACAGAGAACUUCAAGCACAGGAAUCCCAGACCUGCUGUUCUCUUCCAUGCAGCAUGACCAGGGGCACAGCUGCUAGCCAAGCCACACCAGCCAGUGAGCCGGUGCCCCAGUACGCCUCCCCAGAGCCUUCUGCACUGGCAGGGUCGUGGGAGCAGACACUGAGGGCACCCAAGCCCUGGAGUGACUCCAGGCUGGGAGGCAGGUGAAAGGACCCUGGUAGUGGAGUGUGGCCUCCCGAGCUUCCUGGUCCUGCGGCCCAGCACGACUACAUGGGACACCUGGCCAGGGAAUUCUGAAAGCCAGAGAGCAGCCCCCACCAGGCAUCGGGAACGCCCCCGUCCCCUCCCUCCCAAGUAGACAUACCUUUCCGGCUUUCCUCUGGCUCCUGUUUCCAGAGCAUAAGGCUGUCUUUGAUCCUAAGAGGCAACCAACCCUGCAUGAAGGGCGCCUGGGCCUGCCAACAGGCUCCCCCUAUACCUCAGGCUGUGGUGGGAGCAGAGGCCCUUCCUCUGGCCCCACGUCCCUCAAGCCUGCUCCUUCCAGCACAGGGAAGGAGGUGGGCCCUCCAGCCAGCACAGGUCAUGGACUAACCUGGACUAGAAGCAAGUGGGCCCUGUCCAUGCACUGCAUCCCCACUGCCCACCGGGCACUAGGGCCCCUUGCCUCGGCUGGGACUGGGGAGGGCAGGAGCCCUCUUCCUGGAGACCACAGACCUCAGGGCUUGAGGGACCAGGGGUGGGCCAGAACGGAUGAGCAGGGAGGCCAGGCAAUUCCAGGACACCUUCCUGCCCCAGGUCAGGGGAGCUGGAGGGAGCGGGGGAGGGGACUCUGGAUUAGCAGAGGGAUUGAUGGAAAGUGGGCAGAGAUAAUUUGGACGUUGAGGGGAAAGGAGACCUGAGCACACACUGCUUUGGAAAUCACUCUAUUUUAAACACAAAACGGGAAAGAAAAGCUCUCUUGUCCCUCAGUUGGGAGCAUGCAGAGCACGCCCGCCUCCUGUCCAGCCGCCCCCUCUCCCCCAGAGAGAGCCCUGUGCGCGCGCCGCCCCCUCUCCCCUGGAGAGAGCGGUGUGCACGUGCUGCCCCUCCGCCAGGACAGAAGGCAUUUCCCUGGUUCCAGGCCACUGCAGUGGCCCCCUGGUGGUUAUCCCACUCAUGCUCUGAAAGUUGGAAGCACAAUUUUCCUCCCGAGUGGAGGAAAAGGCCCGCGCCUACUGAAGAGGUGUUUAUAUUUUAACCGCUAACAGCCCCCACUCCGUUUAAACUCACCGUACCUGUCUGAGGACCACUGAGAACCCUCUCCUGGUGUGUAGCGGGUGGGACUCAGUCGGGAGACCUAACAUUCAGAAAAUAGCAUUGGCUGCCUAUUUUGAGAUGGAUUUAACUUCCCACAGUAGUCAUGAAACCAUCAGAUGGGAUGGUAUCCCUGAGGACCUGAGCUGCCUUGCAGGACGUUUCCCAACCUCAGUCUUUGGAUGGUUACUUUGGAAAUCAACCCCUCGGAAUCAGGUGGGGUGGCACGGGACAGGAGGGAGGAGGUGGGCCCAGGGCACCCAUCAAAUGGGUGAGUGUAUGCCCAGGCACUCCACUGCCUCACCCACUGAAACCAGCCUUGAACGCUCAGGUCAGCCCGGCUGGUCUUAGGCCACCUUCUCAGCCAAAACCCAGGGCUCAUUUUCAGGAAAUUGAUAAUGAACAACAAAAUGGGGUAUUCUUUUUUUUUUUUUUCUGGCAGAUGCUAGUUCAGUUGUUUUCACCUAAUAUCCCCUCUCAGCUGCAUGUGUAUUUAUUUAUAAUUAUAACCUUGGUGGACUGCAGCUUUCAUCCUUGUUGGGAAUGAGUUUGUGAUAAAUCAGAAUUGGGUCCAUGGCCACAAUUUGUUCUCCAAACCCAGUCCAUUCCCUGCUCCCCACUGCAAAAGAGUGAGGUUGGGGCCUAGGAGUCCAGAGAACAGAGUCUGGGGUGAGCUGCACCAUCUGGUCUGUUUUAAUUUAACUGUAUUUAAUUAUUUUCAAAAUUAAAAGUCAAAUAUGGUUUUUAACAGUCCUAA